AUGUCUUUGCUGUGGCUGCUUCUGGGCCUCCUGGCCCUGGCUGGCUCUUCUGAAAGCAGCAAUUGGGGGUGCUAUGGAAACAUCCGCACCCUCGACACCCCAGGAGCAUCCUGCAGGAUUGGAAGGCGCUACGGCUUGAGCUACUGUGGAGUUCCUGCCUCUGAACGGCUGGCUGAAGUCGACAGGCCAUAUCUUCUAAGAUAUCAGCCCACCAUGAGACUCGUUGGCCAGAAAUACUGUAUGGAUCCUGCAGUGAUCGCUGGUGUCCUGUCAAGGGAGUCUCCAGGCGGCAACUACGUGAUCGACCUGGGCAACAUUGGCAGUGGACUCGGGAGGGUGAAGGAGACAAAAUUCUACCCUCCCACAGCUUGGAAGAGUGAGACCUGGGUUUCCCAGAAAACUCAAUCUCUGACAUCUAGCAUCAAAGAGAUCAAGGCUAGGUUUCCAACCUGGACCGCUGACCAGCACCUGAGAGGUGGACUCUGUGCCUACAGUAAAGGUCCUAACUUUGUCCGAAGCAACCAGGACCUGAACUGUGAUUUCUGCAAUGAUGUCCUUGCGAGAGCCAAAUACUUCAAGGACCAUGGCUUCUAG